AUGAACACUGAUGCAGUUACGGAUGGAGUGAGGAAAAGAGUGGUUAAGAAUGAGUCUGGGGGAGAUGGGGAUACUGGGGAUAGGCCCAGCAGUGUUCCUAGUGCUGAUGAUGUUGAGUAUGAGCGGAAAAAGAUGUGUUAUUGCUCCACCAAUAUACCCAUGAAACGCAGAAUGCAGACUUUAAUGGUAAUAUGGUAUACCGGAUCCAUUGUAUUUAUGACUAUUCUGUCGCUAUUUGCGAUUGUAAAUCCAUGUCUAUGGUGGUUUGUCUUACCUUAUGGUUUAUACUACUGUGUUGAUAGGACUCCUUCUAACGGAAACGCUGUGAAACGGUAUUCUCCAUGGUUUAGAGGGUUGGGUAUAUGGUGGUACUUACGGGACUACUUCCCGGUGAAACUAUAUCAGACUGCUAAAUUAGAACCUACUUUUACGUCGAUUGAUGCUAAAGAAUUAGAAACUGAAGCACGCGAACCUGGAUAUCUUGACAGCAGUGAAUUUGUUUCGCCCAGUAAAUGGUGGAGCCCCUUUAAAGACAAAGCGGAGACAGUAAAGGCUACUGGCCCAAGAUAUAUUUUCGGGUAUCACCCUCACGGUGUGGCAGCAUUCGGGGCAUUCUCUGCAUUUGCAACUGAGGCAUGUGGCUGGGGAGAAAAGUUUCCAGGUAUAAAUAACUGUUUACUGACACUUGUGAACCAAUUUCAGAUUCCAGUUUAUCGUGACUACCUUUUAGCUCUCGGUAUUACUUCUGUUGCCCGAAAAAAUGCUAUGAAAAUAUUGGACAACAAUUACUCAAUCACAAUUGUCAUUGGUGGAGCUAGUGAAGCAGCAAUCAGCCAGAUUGGAUCUACAGAUAUUAUUUUGAACAAACGGAAAGGUUUUGUGAAAUUAGCUCUUCAAGCUGGAAAUGUUAGUUUAGUACCCGUUUAUGGAUUUGGUGAAACAAGCUGCUACAAGAUAAUACAGCUGAACCCCGAAUCAAAACUACGAAGAUUCCAAACUUGGGUGAAAUCCACAUUCGGAUUCACUAUCCCAGUUUUCUUCGCCCGUGGUAUUUUCAAUUAUGACUUUGGCCUAUUACCUUAUAGGCAUCCAAUUAAUGUAGUAGUUGGAAAGCCAAUACAUAUCAAGGAGAAGAUCGAGCAUCCUACAAUUGAACAGAUCGACCAUUAUCACAAGCAGUACAUUGCUGAACUACAGCGCUUGUUUGAUGAGUAUAAAGGAAAGUUCGGCUAUGGAGAUAAAACUUUAAAUAUUGUUGAGUAA